AUGUUUGGUAUCGCCGUCGCCAUCUAUCGCGGCAAAGACGCCAAACGAAGCCUCUACGUCUGCCCUAAGUGCAAGGGCACCGUGAUCCGCAGCCUGGUCGCAAUGCUCCCCGACACACCACCCGACGCAGCAGUCCGGGCUAUAGCAAGUCUGGUAACGGGCGCGUUUUUCAAUCGCCCCGUCACCUCCAGCACUACGAGCAUCACUAACGGGGACAACAACAACAAGAGCGAAGACUCAUGGAAGGCGCGCGGGGUCGCCAAGUUCCCAGCACUACGGCGGUACAAGAAGACAUGGGCUGAGCUUGCGCGGCACAUAGCCAAGGGAAUAGGGCUGAACCUCGGCGCUAGCGGAGGGGGACAAUCCGAUACGGCUUUCCAGAGCGCCAAGAGGGAGGCGAUCGCGGGAAUAGCCCUGUCGAAGCGGGCAGAGCAGGCGAAGCAGGCGACGGCGGCGACAAGGCCCGAUCGCGUUCUGUAUGAUGAUGCAGAGACCAGGAAGACCGCGCGGGUGCUGGAACUCUUGGACGAGCUCAUCGGUCUGGAGAGAGACCUACACGAAGCCGUCCUGGCCGAGAUUGAGCACGACAAACAGCUGAGCCUGGGCGGCAAAGUCAACGACGGAGCCAAGCAAGGGCAGGCGGUCGACGACGCCAUCAGCAAGUGGGAGGCUGCGGCGGCGGAUGCUCGUACCAACCGAGCGGUUGCUACGGAACGCGUCAUGACGCUACGGGGCCGCGUGAAGGCUGCUCAAACGGAGCUAUCUCGUACUACCGGAUAA